CUAAUUGUAAUUGUAAUUAUAAAUUAUAAUUAUUAAUUAACUAUGAAUAAUAUUAGAGAUAAUAAUCAUAAGGAUCUCCUAGUAGUAUUAAAUAAGGGACUUCGACUGUCUAUCCUGUACAAUUAUGAGAAUAAUCUUGAUAUAUAUACCAUAACAAAUCCGGAUAAUUUCGUAAGUUAUAUGAUACAAUUACUUAAUAAUAAAAAUUAUAGAGAUAUUAAAAUUAUAAUUCUGAUUGGUAAGAUAUCUGAAUUAUUACCCAUAUUGAAAUGUCUUUAUUUAAAUACUAAUUUAACUAGAUCGACUUAUGAUAAUUUAUUUCUUAAUCAGUUUAAUCAACAUUUACGCACAGGACAAAGUUCAACCACGACUCAUAGUAUUGAAAUUCUUCCAGGAAGAGGUCAAGGUGAUAGAUUUAUACCCAUUGAUUUAAGUAUAGUUAUAGAUCCUAAGGAAUUUCUUACUAAUACUAAUCUGUACUUAUCAAUAUCUAGUAUCGCAUUACAACAAUAUUUACGGUAUUUCACCCUAAAACAUGGAGCAAGAUUAGCAGUAAUUAAACAAAUAGAUUAUAUACAAUUCCCUCAUAAAUUAAUUGAUUAUUUUCAGAAACUUCAAGAUCAACCUCAACCUAUAUUUGAUUCAUUUGAACUGACAGAUAAUACUUCCAAAAAUCCAUUUACAUUAAAUUUAUUUAUCCCUAAAGCAUGGGAUUCAUGGUCUAAAAUAAUAUUAGUUUCAAAAAGUAUGUUUCAUGAUAAUGAAUCAUUACUUGGUAACACUGAAGUUAUAGAAGAAUUCGAUUUAGCCUAUAAUCAGUAUAUUGAAUCAGAGCAAUCCAAUGAUUCUUUUCAGUCCUCAAUAUUUACUUCACUUAUGCAAAGCAAUAAUAAUUAUAAUAUUAUUAUUAAAAAUAAUAAUAAUAAUAAUAUGCACCAUAAAAACUCUAAUAAUAAUAAUGUCGAGCACUCACUAUCACUUAAGGAUAUUCUAUUUGCAAGCUAAUUAGACUACUCAAAUAGGAAAUGUCUAUAUGCAGAUCGAUUUUAGUUUUAUACCGUUGAAAAAUUACAGCAUUAAGAAGCAUCAACGAAAAAAAAUGCUAGAUUAAGUAUGGGAAAAUCAAAUCAAAUAGGAUCUUCAAAAUAGGAAAAUAU